AUGCCUCGCUCCUUCCUGGUGAAGAGUAAGAAGGCUCAUACCUACCACCAGCCCCGAGUCCUGGAGGAUGAGCUGGUCUGGCCUCCUGCCCUGAGCUUUGUGGCCAGGGACCAGGUCUCAAGCAAUGGCCCUGCCCUCAACACCUUGUUCCCAAACCAGACCCUGGAUUGGACUAGCCUUAAGCAGGAGCCUGAAUCGGAGUUGGAUCGGAACUUGACCAAGAUGGCCUUGGUAUCAGAGGGCCCUGUUGUGAUGUCCCGAGCCCAGGACAGUGACUCACCGCACUCUGACUCCUCACCGUUCUACAAACCCAGCUUCUCCUGGGACACCUUGGCCUCAACCUACAGCCAUGCCUACCAGCAGUCCCCCUCCACCAUGCAGUCAGCCUUCCUGGAGCACUCUGUCAGCCUGUACGGCAGCCCGCUGGUGCCCAGCACUGAGCCGCCCCUGGACUUCAGCCUCCGCUACUCCCCAGGCAUGGACACGUACCACUGCCUCAAGUGCAACAAGGUGUUCUCCACCCCCCAUGGGCUCGAGGUGCACGUCCGCCGCUCCCACAGUGGGACCCGGCCCUUUGCCUGUGAUAUCUGCGGCAAAACUUUCGGCCACGCAGUGAGCCUGGAGCAGCACGCACACGUUCAUUCCCAGGAGCGUAGCUUCGAGUGCCGGAUGUGUGGCAAAGCCUUCAAGCGCUCGUCCACCCUGUCCACCCACCUGCUCAUCCACUCGGACACUCGGCCCUACCCUUGCCAGUUCUGCGGCAAGCGCUUCCACCAGAAGUCAGACAUGAAGAAGCACACCUACAUCCACACUGGUGAGAAGCCGCACAAGUGCCAGGUGUGCGGGAAGGCCUUCAGCCAGAGCUCCAACCUCAUCACCCACAGCCGGAAGCACACAGGUUUCAAGCCCUUUACCUGCGAGCUGUGCACCAAGGGCUUCCAGCGCAAGGUGGACCUGCGGCGUCACCGGGAGAGCCAGCACAGCCUCAAGUGA